CAUGCUUCAUCCACUCCGUGUUUUCCAUCAGUCUCAUCCGAGGCGCUAUCCAGCAUUAUGUGGACAAAACGAUUUAACAGGGCACAUUAACUGCAGAAAACAGUGUGGAUGGCACGAGAUGCAGGCUGCUCCGGGAUCAUCGUUUCACGGAAAGACCAUCACAUAACAGCAGGAUAUGAAAUAGCGCUUAUAAUGAACACUGCGCUUGAUGUGGAUGAAUCCGGCUGGAGAUGAUGUUGCGUCUGCGGAGUCUCGUAGCUGAAGUGAAGGGAUCUUACAUCUGUUUAUCCAGGGCAAACACACAGGUUAAGUCUGACCUCUCGAAACAUCUUUUGACAUUAUUUCCAGCAAAGAACAGCUGUGUUUGUCAUUGAAGACUUCUUGAAUUUGACUGACAGAUGUCUUAUGAUGAAUGACUGCAGUUGAAGACCUUUGCUGUGACUCUUUUAAGUAGGCUGUAAAUAUUUCCCAUGUGGAUUUUAUUCUUAAGAACAUGUGAAUACGGAUGAAAGCGCACAGGCGGACUCCACUAUGUUCAAGUGCAGGAUGCAUUUUACCAAUCCGAAAUGAUGCGAUUCGCUGGAUUCCGAACACCAAAAUCUUUCAUGGCCUUUGUGAUGAGAAGAUGGAAAAUCUUACUGGUGCUGAAUGUGUUUACGGUGGCUGGCUUCAUCACUUUUUGGGGCAAGUGCAAUUUACGCACAACCAAAGCUGUUGGUCAACAGGCGGCUGCUGAUGCGAGAGGACAGACACAUCUGAACGGAUCUGCUCAGGAGACAAGCAUCACUCAUGAUGUGCUCUUGAAAAGACUGGGAUCACUGGAAGAUGUGGUGUACAGACAACUGAAUGGCUUGUCCAAUUCUCUUGGACUCAUCGAAGGUUUUGGAGGCCGAGGUAGAGGAGGUAUACCGGCCACACUUACACCGGCAGAAGAAAAGGAGGCUAAAUACCUGAGGGAGAAAUACGGCUACAAUGUUCUGAGUGACAAAAUCUCUCUGGAUAGAUCUAUUCCAGAUUAUCGGCCCAGCAAAUGCAAAAAGGCCUUUUAUCCCCAUGACCUGCCACAGAUUUCCAUUAUCUUCAUCUUCGUAAAUGAGGCGUUGUCCGUCAUCCUGCGUUCGGUCCAUUCAGCUGUCAACCACACACCCGCUCAUCUUCUAAAGGAGAUCAUCUUGGUGGAUGACAACAGUGAUGAUGUGCAACUGAAAGAGCCACUGGAGGAGUAUGUCAACAAGCGCUACCCGGGUCUUAUCAAAAUAGUGCGCAAUCAGAAGAGAGAGGGCCUCAUCCGUGCUCGCAUCGAGGGCUGGAAAGUGGCCACUGGGGAGGUGACUGGCUUCUUUGAUGCCCAUGUUGAGUUCACGCCUGCAUGGGCUGAACCAGUUCUGUCUAGAAUCAAGGAGAACCACAAGAGGAUCAUCCUGCCAUCCAUAGAUAACAUUAAAGACGAGACGUUUGAGCUGGAACGCUAUGAGAACUCAGGUCACGGCUAUAACUGGGAGCUCUGGUGUAUGUACAUUAGCCCACCGAAACAGUGGUGGGAUGAGGGGGACACUUCUGCACCUAUCAGGACGCCUGCAAUGAUAGGCUGCUCUUUUGUGGUAAACCGGGAAUACUUCGGGGAGCUGGGCCUACUGGACGCUGGGAUGGACGUGUAUGGAGGCGAAAAUAUAGAGCUGGGAAUCAGGGUUUGGCUGUGUGGGGGCAGCAUGGAAGUUCUGCCCUGUUCCAGAGUGGCACAUAUUGCUAGAACAAAAAAGCCCUACCACAGUAACAUCGCCUUUCACACUAGACGCAAUGCUCUUCGAGUGGCAGAAGUCUGGAUGGACCAAUACAAAUCGAAUGUGUAUUUGGCAUGGAACCUCCCGAUGAAGAACCAUGGUAUUGACUUUGGAGACAUAUCCCAGAGACUAGAGCUCAGGAAAAAACUCCAAUGCAAAAGCUUUGAGUGGUAUCUUGACAAUAUCUAUCCAGAGAUGAGGAGAUACAACAACACUCUCUUUUAUGGAGAAAUUCGCAAUACCAAUGUGACCCAUCUGUGUGUGGACCAGGGCAUAAAGGAAAACCACACAGCAACUCUGCAUCCCUGCCAUGGCUGGGGUCCUCAGCUGGGUCGCUACACUAAGGAGGGUUAUCUUUUCCUGGGUCCUCUGGGAAGCACUGGCGAAGAUACUCGGUGUGUGGUGGAUGAUAAAAUCAGCAACUACCCACAGCUCCUGAACUGUGAGAAAGUCUCUAGCGUACGCCAGAAAACUUGGCACUUUGCACAGAAUGAAUCAAUCAUCAACCGAGCUACAGGACGCUGUCUCGAGGUAGUACCAGCUAAUGUCUACUUUGGCUAUGCUCUGAUCCUGCGUUCGUGCACUGGCCAGAAGUGGAACAUCAAGAAUUUAAUGAAACAGGACCAAGGGCAGUGAGUCAGUGCCCUUAGAAAGUUGGGAAUCUCAAUGGCCUUCAUCAAGUGUUUGGGAACUUGAAAAAUGAUUCAGUUUUGUGGAACUCAAGCUGAUCUUGUUCGCGUUUGUUGUGUUUUGGGUCUUACUACAUUCCACGUUACAAAAAGAUUAAAAGAUACUUGAAGCACCAUUUAGGUUUCUCAGAUUUCCUCCUUUUGGAGAAACUCUAGACAUCCGGGAACAUUGGAUUCCAUAAGUUCCAGCAAGAACUCUAAAGAACAUCAACGGUUCCUAAAGUAACCUCAGCGCAAUGAAAAGAUUUUGAGGCACUUGAACUAUACAUCGAUCAGGCAUAACAUUAUGACCACUGACAGGUGAAGUGAAUAACACUGAUUAUCUCUUCAUCACGGCACCUGUUAGUGGGUGGGAUAUAUUAGGCAGCAAGUGAGCAUUUUGUCCUCAAAGUUGAUGUGUUAGAAGCAGGAAAAAUGGGCAAGCACAAGGAUUUGAGCGAGUUUGACAAGGACCAAAUUGUGAUGGCUAGACAACUGGGUCAGAGCAUCCCCAAAACUGCAGCUCUUGUGGGGUGUUCCUGGUCUGCAGUGGUCAGUAUCUAUCAAAAGUGGUUCAAGGAAGAAACAGUGGGGAACCGGCGACAGGGUCAUAGGCAGCCAAGGCUCCUUGAUGCACAAGGCCCGUGUGGUCCAACAGACAAGCUACUGUAGCUCAAAUUGCUGAAGAAGUUAAUGCUGGUCCUGAUAGAAAGGUGUCAGAAUACACAGUGCAUCGCAGUUUGUUGCGUAUGGGGCUGCAUAGCCGCAGACCAGUCAGGGUGCCCAUGCUGACCCCUGUCCACCGCCUAAAGCGCCAACAGUGGACACGUGAGCAUCAGAACUAGACCACAGAGCAAUGGAAGAAGGUGGCCUGGUCUGAUGAAUCACGUUUUCUUUUACAUCACGUGGAUGGCCGGGUGCGUGUGCGUCACUUACCUGGGGAACACAUGGCACCAGGAUGCACUAUGGGAAGAAGGGAAGUCGGCGGAGGCAGUGUGAUGCUUUGAGCAAUGUUCUGCUGGGAAACCUUGGGUCCUGCUAUCCAUGUGGAUGAUACUUUAACACGUACCACCUACCUAAGCAUUGCUGCAGACCAUAUACACCCUUUCAUGGAAUCGGUAAUUGCUGGUGGAUGUGACCUCUUUCAGCAGGAUAAUGCACCCUGCCACAAAGCAAAAAUGGUUCAGGAUGGUUUGAGGAGCACAACAAAGAGUUUGAGGUGUUGACUUGGCCUCCAAAUUCCCCAGGUCUCAAUCCAAUCGAGCAUCUGUGGGAUGCGCUGAACAAACAAGUCAGAUCUAUGGAGGCUUCACCUCGCAACUUACAGGACUUAAAGGAUCUGCUGCUAACAUUUUGCUGCCAGAUACCACAGCACAACUUCAGGGGUCAAGUGCAGUCCAUGCCUCGAUGGGUCAGGGCUGUUUUGGCAGCAAAAGGGGGACCGACACAAUAUUAGGAAGGUGGUCAAAAUGUUAUGCCUGAUCGGUGUAUGUUGAAGUUCCUAAAGUUUGCAAUAGGAUAUUUGAUGUUCAACCAUGAGAACAACUAUGUGACUCAAGUUUUGAGUGCUGAAACCAAAAUGACAAUUAAACGUUGUAAAUGAUUGACUGCUGUAUUGCAAAUACUCUAUACAUUAUUGUAUGCAUCAUUUAAGCCUACUCUUAAAUUAAAUACAUGAAAAUUUAGUUCCUAUCUUGGAAAACAGCUUUAUUUAGACUUCAUUUUUUAGUAUUAUUGAGUUGUAUUUCUUCUUCCAUUCUCUUGUUUUUAAGUUCCCACUGUAAGUGGCUAUGGAUCCCAGUCUGCUUUCUGUUUUAAUAAGCUGUCUGCUCUGGAAAUAUGUUAUUUAUCGCAUAUUUGUAUACAGUAACCCUUGACAAGAAUGGCAUUAUGAUAUGUGCACAGUUUAAUAGUAACUAUGGUAACUGAGCUCUAUCUUCUGCUGAAUGGUUCCUGUAGUAGUCAUACCGGUAUUUUGAACCAUACUCUAAAGCAACAAGGCCAGUAUGUAGGCGAAGGGAAUAUGGGAAAAUGAUCGGCAGGGAUUGUCGACCAAGUUACACAAGAACACUUUAAAUGAGUGAUAAACUGUACAUGUAACUACAUUUUCCUUAGAUGUUGUUGCACCCAUACGUCUUCCAUUUUGAAUAGGACUGAUUUGAAUAAAAUGGUGAACUGCAGAGUUGUAGA